AUGGCCGCGCGCGGGGAGCGGCGGCCGGGCGGCCUCCCCGCCUUCACCCGCGACGACUUCGAGGCCGACCGGCGCCGAGGGGCGAGCGGCGGCUGCCGGCUGUCCCAGGCUCCGCAGCAGCGCCGGCGGACCGAGUGUGCCGUGGAGCUCCCUGGCCUCCCGCCCGAGGCCCCCAGCUCUGAUGUGAACUGCCUCAUUGAAGCAGCAGCCAAAAUGGAGAAGAUCAAGUUUCAGCACGUCGUGUCCAUCUGUGGGGUUUGCAGGCAGCCCCUGGGUGUUGUGAUGGAGUUCAUGGCCAACGGCUCCCUGGAGAAGAUGCUUCCCACUCACAGCCUUGGCUGGCAGCUCAAGGUCCGCACCAUCCAUGAGACCAGCCUGGCCGUGAACUUCCUCCGCAGCAUUAAGCCACCACUGCUCCAUCCGGACCUCAAGCCAGGCAACAUCCUCCUGAACAGCCGCUUGUAUAUCAAGGGGAGGACCCAUCUGUCCCCUGUUUCAGACUUUGGCCUGUCCAAGAGGAUGGAACAGUUGACCCAGAUGUAGUGCAUCAAGAGGUCAGCUCUGCAGGGCACCCUCAGCUACUCCCCCCCUGAGAUGUUCCUGGAGAGUAACAAGGGCCCAGGGCCCAAAUACAACAUGUACAGCUUUGGGAUCGUGAUCUGGGAGAUGCUCGCUCAGAAGAAGCCCUACACAGGCUUCAGCAUCAUGACCAUCAUCAUCCAAGUGGCCACAGGCAGGCGGCCCUCCCUGCAGCCUGUCUCAGAUGAGUGGUUGGCUGAGUCCCAGCAGAUGGUGGAACUGAUGAGGCUCUGCUGGGACCGGGAGCAGAAGAGGCCCUGCUUUCCAGACAUCAUAGCGGAGACAGACAUGCUGCUUUCGCUGCUCCAGAGUCCAGUGGCCCACCGUGAGAGCGAGGCCUUGGCCGGGAAAGCGUCCUGCCGGGGGAGCGGGCAGCAGGCCGGCCAGGGGAGUGAGGAGAUCUGCCAGGAGCUAACAGACUCAGACUCAGGAGACUAUUUGAAGCGGGUCCUGCAUCUCUCAGACAGUGAGAGCCUGGUCCCUAGCGAUGAGCAGGUGUGCAUCUAUGAGAACAAGGUCACCCUCCACUUCCUGCUGGCCUGGGGCUACCUGGAGGGAGUGAGGCUGCUGCUGGCCCACGAGGUGGACGUGGACUGCCAUACAGCCUGUGGCUACCCACCCCUCCUUAUCGCUGCCCAGGACCAGCAGGCCGACCUCUGUGCCCCGCUCCUGGAGCACGGCACCGACACCAACCUGGCAGAUGAGGACAGCUGGGCCCCCUUGCGCUUUGCAGCCCAGAAUGGGGACGACCACUCCACCCAUCUGCUCCUGGACCAGGGGGCACCUGAUGCCCAGGAGCACGAGGGGUGGACCCCACUCCACCUGGCUGCACAGAUCAACCCUGAGAAUGUGGCCCGGCUUCUGGUCUCCCAUCAAGCUGACCCCAACCUGCGAGAGGCUGAGGGCAAGACCCCUCUCCACGUGGCCGCCUACUUUGGCCACGUCAGCCUGGUCAAGCUGCCGACAGCCCAGGGGGCGGAGUUGGAUGCUCGGCAGAGAAACCUGAGGAGGCCACUGCACCUGGCAGUGGAGAGAGGCAAAGUGAGGGCCACCCAACAUCUGUUAAAAAGUUGGGCGGCCCCUGAUGCCCUCGACCAGAGCAGCUACAGCCCACUGCCCACCACGCCUGCCAGGGGCAAGUACCUUAUCUGCAAGAUGCUGCUCAGGUAUGGGGCCAGCCUGGAGCUGCCGACCCAGCAGGGCUGGACACCCCUGCAUCUAGCAGCCUACAAGAGCCACCUGGAGAUCAUCCACCUGCUGGCUGAGAGCCAGGCAGAUAUGGGGGUUCCUGGAGGCAUGAACUGGACCCCCCUGCACCUGGCUGCCUGCCACAAGGCGGAGGUGGUGGUGUCCACCCUGCUGAAAUGUGGGGCUGACCCCAGUGCUGCUGAGCAGUCAGGCUGGACACCCCUUCACCUGGCGGUCCAGAGGGGGUCCUUCCUGAGCGUCAUCCACCUCCUGGAGCACCGUGCGGACAUCCAUGCCUGAAAUAAGGUGGGCUGGACCCCUGCCCACCUGACCACCCUGAAGGGAAACAUGGCCAUCCUCAAAGUGCCAGUCAAGGCUGGCGCCCAGCUGGACAUCCAGGACAGCGUCAGCUGCACACCCCUGCAGCUGGCCCUCCAGAGCCAGAAGCAGGACAUCGUCGCCUUCCCAGAGGGCAGGGAGCCCUCACUGGCCAUUCUGGGCAGAUCUGAGCCAGGAGCCCAAACAGAAGUUUAGAC